GUUUUCGCUGCUCAUGCUCGAGAUGGGCUUGUUCAUCAGUCUCGUGCUGCCACUCCCUUUCACCUGGCGGCGGGCUAUGCUCAAGUUCCUGGCAGAGAGUCCUAUCGUUGCCAAACUCCAGUUCGGCUUGAAGAUCCUGUUCAUCUUCGUCGUCGUCCUCUUCGUCGAUGCGGUACAGCACAUGCUCAGAGUACACGCCGAGGGCAAGGAGAUUCGACAGUCGGGCAUGGGUCAAAACCUGCGCGGCGAGUCUGACUGGCGAACGCGCAAAUUCCUCAGCGAACGCAACAUGUACCUGACCGGUUCGACGCUCUUUCUCUCGCUUAUGCUGUCGAGAGUGUACGCUGUCAUCCUGGACCUGAUCAAGGUGCAAGAAGACAAUGCACUCCUGCGCAAGCAAGCCAAAGAGGGCGGAGAUGACAAAUAUGUCACCCUCAAGAAGGACUAUGACGAUCUCAGUGCCCGCUACAACGCCAAGUUUGACAAGGCUGCAGACAGCAAGAAGGCGAUCUGAACGAGCCUGUCGAGGUCCUGCUGCUGCCUCUACCCGCGUGACGUCAGAUAGACCGAAUGCGCAUGCACAUUUGUAAGCGUUCACCUUCGAGCGCUCGAUGGACGCGCGAGUUGUAUAUACGUGAAGAUC